CUGGCCGUUCAGUUGCUGCUCGCCGAGUAAAAGAAAGGCGCACUGAGCAGCUAGCUGGGAACAGCUACCAAAUAUUACCAUCAUUUAGGAGAAGGAGCCCUCCUUUCUUGUAGCAUAUCUACAUUUUUUAAAAUCGCUGCCAAAAUGAAGAGGCGGAUACACUUCGGUUCCGUGCUGUUUCCUUUGCUAAUCUUAUGUUUCUCUUCGUGCUCGGCGUUUUAUCUUCCGGGUUUAGCCCCAGUGAGUUUCUGUGAAGAAGGCAAAGAUGUCGACGAUUGUCAGAAAGAGAUCCAGCUUUAUGUCAACCGCUUGGACUCAGUGGAAUCUGUUCUGCCUUAUGAGUAUGAUGUGUUUCCAUUCUGCAAAGAUGACCAUGAAAAAAGACCAACUGAAAACCUUGGGCAAGUGCUGUUCGGUGAGCGAAUUGAGUCGUCUCCUUACAAGUUUUUCUUCAAUAAAAAAGUGGACUGUCAGCCAGUGUGCACAACAAACUUCAAGAAAGGCGAUAAGGCAGACAUAGCCAAGCUGGAUUUUCUCAAAAUGGGAAUGCAGCUGAACUAUCAGCACCACUGGAUCAUUGAUAACAUGCCGGUGACCUGGUGCUAUGAUGUGGAAGAUGGUCAGAAGUACUGCAACCCGGGUUUCCCCAUUGGCUGCCUUGUUACAUCAGAUGGCAGAGUGAAAGAUGCCUGUGUUAUCAAUGCUGAGUUCAACAAGAAGAACACCUUCUACGUCUUUAACCACGUGGACAUCCAAAUCACCUACCACAGCGGAGCAGCGGAGGGGUGGACAGGAGCUCGGCUUGUCGGUGCGACACUGGAACCAAAGAGUAUCAAACAUGCUGAUGAGAAGAACACAAACUGCGGUGAAGGAACCUCCCCAAUGGAGGUCCCUGGAGAGUUCAGCAACGACGUCUCAAUAGUUUACACAUACUCUGUGUCAUUUGUGGAAAACAACAAUAUCAAGUGGGCUUCCAGAUGGGACUACAUCCUUGUGUCCAUGCCUCACACCAACAUCCAGUGGUUCAGUAUCAUGAACUCCUUGGUUAUUGUCCUGUUCCUCUCUGGCAUGGUUGCCAUGAUCAUGCUGAGAACUCUCCACAAAGACAUUGCCAGAUACAACCAGGUGGACCAGGCAGACUUGGUAAAGGUUCCAUCGUCCCAGGGAAAAAACAGUGUGCACUAUGAGGACGCACAGGAGGAGUCGGGGUGGAAGCAGGUACACGGAGACGUUUUCCGUCCUCCAAGAAAAGGGAUGUUGCUGUCUGUGUUCCUGGGCCAGGGCACACAGAUCUUCAUCAUGACCUUCAUCACUCUUUUCCUGGCCUGUCUUGGGUUCCUGUCGCCGGCCAACAGAGGGGCUCUCAUGACUUGUGCUGUGGUGCUCUGGGUUCUGCUGGGUACUCCUGCCGGCUACGUGUCCGCCCGCCUCUACAAAACUUUCGGAGGUGAGAAGUGGAAGACAAACGUCUUGCUGACAGCACUGCUGUGCCCAGGCAUUGUCUUUGCCGACUUCUUCCUGAUGAACCUGAUUCUGUGGGUGGAGGGCUCCUCGGCGGCCAUCCCCUUCGGUACGCUGGUGGCCAUCUUGGCCUUGUGGUUUGGAAUCUCGGUGCCCCUCACUUUUAUCGGCGCCUACUUUGGAUUCAAGAAGCCGGCAAUUGAGCAACCGGUGCGAACGAACCAGAUCCCCCGGCAAAUUCCCGAGCAGUCCUUCUUCACUAAGCCCAUUCCGGGUAUAGUGAUGGGCGGCAUCCUGCCCUUUGGCUGCAUUUUCAUCCAGCUUUUCUUCAUUCUUAACAGCAUCUGGUCUCAUCAGAUGUACUACAUGUUCGGGUUCCUGUUCCUGGUUUUCAUUAUUCUCCUCAUUACCUGCUCUGAGGCCACAAUUCUGCUCUGUUACUUCCACCUAUGUGCCGAGGACUACCACUGGUGGUGGCGCUCCUUCCUGACCAGCGGCUUCACAGCAGUCUACCUGUUCAUUUACGCCGUGCAUUACUUCUUCUCAAAGCUGCAAAUAAUUGGCGCGGCCAGUACCAUACUCUACUUCGGGUACACCAUGAUUAUGGUUCUCAUCUUCUUCCUCUUCACAGGAACAAUCGGCUUCUUCGCCUGCUUCUGGUUUGUAAACAAGAUCUACAGCGUGGUCAAAGUGGACUGACUAGAGAAGCAGGGGGAAGCGCAGAGUCCGUGAUGUCUCAGCACUGGCGACCUUAGUGCUGUUUGUGUGAUAAAGCGGUCUGAAUGGACCCGAACUGAAACCAUCUUUGAUCAUAAAACCCCCCCCGAAGAACAGAGCCCGUCCUCUUCUGUGCUUUAAACCUCAACCUGUUGCUAUUUUUUCUUCAUGAAGUCUAUAAAAAUUUUGUGUUCACUGUUGAGCAGUAAUAUUUUGAAUUGCGCCUUGAAAAUCAUUUGAGGUUUCAAUGAUCUAGAUGUGAUAGUGAGCAGCUUUCGGAAAUGUUUUUACUUUAAUUUUCUAAAGAAAGUAAAAUGUUAUGUAUUUUGCUUUUCUACUCCCUCAUUGCUAAAUGUUUUUUUCUUUACUUAUGUUGGGGAAAAAAAAAAGUGUAAAUAUACUGUAAAAAAAAGAAAGUGAGAGAGUGCUACUUAAAGAUUGUCACCGUUAUAAAAGUUUCUUUCAAUUUUUCUUUUUUAUUUUUAUGGUUUUAAAACAAAUAGGGGUGUAAAUCUUCAAAUAUCAGUCUGUAUUGCAGUUAAGAAAUUAUAUAAAAUACUGACAUUGCUAUGAUACAUCCAUUUCUUGAGUUUUAGGUUGCAUCGCAUCAAAGGGUACACAUGGUGAAGGAGCACGUCUGUAUCAUAGUACUGUGUUACAGCCGCAGUGCAGGUAAAGGAUGAUCUCCCCGUGGUCUGUGCAUUUGUUUGGCCAUGGAAGAGAUUUCUCAGUUAAUCAAUAAAUCGUUGAAGACCUGAUCAAGUCACUGCAUUUGCAUCUAUUUAGAAAAGUUGUUUUCGGAACACUGCUUCUUUUUGCGUGGAGCGGUGAGGAGUCAUCACCAAAGGUGAUAACGUUUUUAUGAAUAAAUGCAAUUAAUUCAA